AUGGCCAUGGCCAUGGCCUGGCUUGUGAUCUGGGUAGAUGGUCUACAGUCCAUGCUGUGUCUAUAUUGGGCACUCGGAAAAUAUGCUAAAAGAAAUUGUUCAGACAUAGUUAUAAGCCAAGGACAAACGCAGCCGCUGCCAAAUGGGAUACCUACUUACACAGUGGAGAUCAUGAACGUGUGUGUUGCGGCAUGCAACAUUUCAAGGAUCCAUGUCAGCUGUGGGUGGUUCAGCUCCGCUCGGCUCAUCAACCCCCAUGUCUUCAAGCGGCUCCACUUCAACGAUUGCCUGGUCAAUGAUGGUAAACCUCUAGAGUACGGUUAUACAAUCUCCUUCCAGUAUGCAAACACCUACAGUUAUCCUCUCUCUGUUUCUUCCAUUGCUUGCUGA